AUAAAAAAACAUUGUAUCAAAGGCUGUGCAUAUUUUUAUUGCGUCAUGACGUUUCGCCACUAGAUGGCGUCAUUGCUCUUCAGGUUCAAGUUAUUUGUCCUGCAAAUAUCUAUUGACUUAGUAUUCUACUUUACUCAUCUGCUUGCAAUUUAUUAGUUGUAAGUAGUACUGUGCGUACAUCAUAAUUAUUUGUAAUUUUCCUUAUUAUUUUUUGUACAUUACAUUUUUAUUUAUUUAUUUAAAGUCACAUCUAUCACAUUUAAAGUAACGAAUCUAUGAAAAUCACUUGAAACUUUUCCUUCUGCCUUAAAAGUCACUUUACAUAUUGCUUAUCUGAUCUAGAAUUGUUAAUUGGCACGCAUGAACAGAAGCAGCUUAUUACAUUUUACUGGGUUGUUGACGUUGCACACUUACAGUUUCGUUUAUCGUUAAUCAGAGCAAUAGUUGGAAAGUGAAACUUGGCUCGCUGUUGUCCCCAAAUAUAAGUAACCUACCCUACACUAUAAAAACCAUCCUCAGCGACUGUAUUCAACCAGACAAGGUUUGGAUGAGGAACCAGAGCUGUAGAAGGAAUGUCUGAGGACAAGCUUAAACUAUUGUCCUGCCACUUUACUUGGGACUUGCAAAAGGAGGAUGCUGACCUUAAUUUUCUCGAAGUAAAAAUUUGUGAAAGACUGGCAGUGAAAUGCGAGUAUGAAGGAAACCUGAAACAAAGAGAAUUAAACUUUUUGGCCUUUAUUAAACAUUUACAAGGAUUUGACGACGAGGCACUUAAGACCCUGCAACUAGCAAAGAAGGAACAUCCGGACGAUGACAGCAGUGUGAUUGUGACGUAUGGAAACUUGGCCUGGGUGCACAGUCUCAUGGGCAAUGUGACUGAAGCUGAGACUUACAUAGAGAAAGUGAAUGAAAUCCUCAGAGCAUUCCCUGCUCCGUCUCCAGCAGAGCUUCACAGAAAAGUUCAGAGCGAAAAAGCCUGGUCGCUUCUCAAGUUUUCUAGAAAGACCUACAUCAGGGCCAAGGAGAGUUUCCUUGAAGCUUUACAGAAAGAGCCGGAAGACAAGGAAUGGAACACAGGCUUUGCCUUUUCUCUGUUCCGUUUGGAGGGACUGAAGAUUGGUCAGUACAAGCGUGUACGGUUUGAAGAGUCUCCUGCUGUGCUCCAGUUGAAGAAAGCUCUGAACCUGGACCCGGACAAUGCAAUGAUCCAUGUGUAUCUGGGGCUUAAGUGCUACAAGAACACAAAAACUUUAAAUAAUGCGGAGGCAUGGCAGUACAUGACGCAAGCGCUCGCGAUGGCUCCAGAUAACCUCAGCGUUGUUCUGCGUGUUGCAAAAUUCAUGAAGAAAGAGCAGUGUUAUGACAAGUGCCUGAAAGUGUUGCUGGAAAUGCUGAAGAAAGCACCAGACUCGUCACGUUUGCAUCAUGAGAUUGCCAACAACUACCGCUGGAAAGCCAUGCAGAUGAAUGACACACACAAUCCGGAGCUGCUGGACCUUUGCAUUCAGCAUUUAGAGAAGGGUGCCAGUUUAAACCCAGGCUACAUAUACCCACAGCUGGAGUUAGCGCAGAGGUAUGCAGAUCGAAAGCAGACGGCUAAAGCAGAGCAGAAGUUCACAGAGCUGUUUGCCCUUCCUGACCUGAAGCCGGCUGACCGUCAGGCCUGGCAUCGCAUGUAUGGGGAUUUCAAACAGUACAGAUGGGGCUCAGAGAGAGCUGCGGUAGAGCAUUAUAAACAAGGAAUGAUGCUGGGGCGAGUGUCCACCGAAUGGAUGGCAUGCAGAAACAGACUGAGGAAAGUCCUUCAGAAUGACAGACGGGACACAUAUGAGAUCCGCACAUUCUUUCAUUCCUUUCAAACAGAGAACAAAGAUGAUUAAAAGAGAAUAAUUCAAUCUCUAUUUAAGAUCCAGUUGUAAUCUUCACUCAUGUGAUGAACUUAGCAAUAGUUCUACUUUUUCCUUUAUGAUCUACUAAGUGUUAGCAGAGUUAAAUAAUAAUAUAUAUUACAAAUUAUUUUGAUAUAAUCAGUUUUUUUAAAUGUUUAUUAUAAACAUUAUAACAUGCAUAAUGGAUUUUCUGUUUAUGGUACGGAAGAAAAUGUUAAUCUACAGAACUUUCCGUUUUAAUGUUGAAGGAAGUGUCCGUAAAUUUAACAGAAAAUGUCCUGGUAAUUUUCUG